GUAGAGGUGAGGCGUAGAAGGGAGAGGUAAAGAGGGUAGAGGGGAGGCGUAGAAGAGGAUGAGGAGGGCGAAUGUAAAGGAGGGAAGAGUAUAUACGCCUACACGCGGCGUCGCCAGCUCGCUCAUUACGCGUGUGAUUUCAGAACGGAGAAACGGUGGUUAGCGUAAGAAGUGAAGCAUCGAUGGUGUUUCCGGCCAUCAACUACAUGCUGGAGUAUCCAAGGCCGAUGCUGCCCAACGUCCAGCUAAUUGGUGGCUUGUUGGCCGGACCGGUUCGCGACCUAGACGGGGUGGAGCCGUACAUAGCUGGUGCGGGAGAAAGGCCCGUCAUCUUCGUGUCGUUUGGUACGUUUGCAUCGUCGAUGGAGUUUCUACCAAAGGCAGUGCUUCAUGUGUUCUUGGAGACAUUUGGAAGUCUCAGUGAUUACUUCUUUGUUUGGACAAUUAAUCGCGGUGGCGUGGAUCCGAUCAUACCAACAAAUGUGAGGGUGUUCAAUCGAGUACCACAGAAUGACAUAUUGG